AUGGCAUCCCUCACCCCCGUCCACUUCUUCUCCCACGGCUCAACCAUGAUGCUAGGCGAAGAAUCCGAAAGCGCAGAUUACUGGAAAAAGUGCGGUGACGAAGCCCUAGCUCGCAACAUCCAGGGCGUGAUCAUCAUGGUACUACCUCCCUUCCUUCCCUUCUCCUCACCACCACUACCAAAUACACGUACUAACACCAACCCACCAAACCAGGGCGCACACUGGGACGCUCUAAAUGACUCGAUCCAACUAUCCACAAACCCCACCCCCGGAAAAAGCCCAGUAGCCUACGUCAACCCCAAAAAAUACAUCAACUACACCUUAACCCCCGACCUCUCCACAACGAACCGCUGCAUCUCCCUCCUAAAAAGCGAAGGCUUCAACGUCACCGGAAAUCCAACCUUUGACUGGAUCCACGACGUCUACCUAAUCCUAAUCCGAAUGUUUCCCCAGGGUUGUCCACCAACGACGCUAAUCUCCGCAAACGCACGUUACGACCCACACUUCCACAUGAAAAUGGGCGCGACGUUGCGUCCGCUGAGAAAAGAGAAUUUCCUCAUCAUCGGCACCGGUGGCGCGGUACAUAAUCUCUAUCGAAAUCGUUGGGCGCCGAUGCUGAAAUUUAGAGAUAAUUUCGCCAUGGAGACGCCUCCGGAGGAUUGGGCGCUGGAAUUUCGCCAGGCGGUUGAGGAUGUUAUUACCAAGACUAGUGGGGUGCAGUUGCGUAGGGCUAUGACGAGGUUGAUGAAACAUCCGCGUUUUCGCGAUGCGCAUGCUACGGAUGAUCAUUUUAUGGCGGCGCUUUUUGUCGCGGGGGCUGCUGGGGAUGAGGAGGAUGCCGAUGCUGAGGGGGUUUUGGGGGCUGAGAGUUGGGAGUUGACCAAUAUGUGUAAUUCGCAGUUUACUUUUGGGAAGUGGAAGGAGAUUGCCGUUUAG